UAAGAAAAUUUCUUGAUAUAGAAAAUUGAAUAUCAUCCAUGUACCAUUUAUUUACGAAGAAGUGCAAGAUAUGCUCCCGCCAUACUCGCCGCUUCCAUUUUCUAAAUCAUCUUCGAGUCUUCUCUUUCUCAUCCCUUCUCUUCGCAAUACAGCAAAACCAAAAAUAAUAAAAAAAAUUAAAAUAAAAUGUUUCGAAUCCUUAACAGAACGCUACCACUUUUUCGCCAUCAUCUUCCUCGAACAAUUUCUUCUUCGACAAAAACUUGCAAUUCAACAAAGAAAAGCGUAGAGUAUUCUCAAAUUGCACCAAUCCUCGCUCACAGCCACAACCUCUCUCCUAUCGCUCCGCAAUCUUCCUCUCGGGCUCACGUCCUCGCGCUCUCCGCCGCCGCCAUUCUCACCUCCGCCGCCUUCCUCAACUACGACUACGUCCGCCACGAAUCCGAUCGCAGCGGAGAACCAAAUCCUCUCUACGCGAGAGCCGAGAACGCCACGCGCAAGGCGGCGGACUCCUUCGACCGUAUUUUCCACCACGCCAGGCGCACGGGCGUCGCGGCUGCGGUCCUCUGGCACUCUCUGUGCUCGGUGCUGUCGUCGGCAAACCAUGAGGUGCGCUCCGGAUUCGAGAUUCGCGUCGCGGCCUUGCUCGCCGAUAUCGCUGCUGCGAACUCCGGCCGUAGGGCUGCGAUCGUCGGGGCAGGUGGCGGCGCUGUCGUGGACUGGCUGCUGGAGGCCGUGACAAAAGAAGGCGGCGGAGGCGGCGGCACUCAGGGGGAGUCCGCGAGGGCGCUUGCUUAUCUGAUUGCGGACCCUAACGUGUCUGCGGCGGUGCUUGGGAGACCUCACGCGGUUCCGAAUCUUCUGAGGUUCAUCUUUUCGUGUCAGCCUCGGCGUUCUAAGAAUAAGAAGCAGCAUUCAAGACGUAGUGCAUUUGAUAUUUCUGAUUCUUUGAAAGGCAGGAGCAUGCUUGUGGCUGCCAUUAUGGAUAUCGUUACGUCCAGCUGUGACAAUACACAAGACGUGUCUUUUAAUCCAUCAUUGCCUGGAAAGGCUGAAACUAGAGACAUUGCUGCUGCCCUACAAGUAAUUGAGGAAGGGGGUUUGCACUUGGAUGAGCCACCUGAAGGUGAAGAUGAUGAUGGUGGGACCGGAAGCAAAGGGAUUGGGAUCAAGAUACUUGAAGGUACCCCUGUUUUAGGGCUUUCAAGGACCAGCAGUGAUUCAUAUAGUGAAGAAUUGAAGCAUCAAACUUCUAAAACUAUCAAAUUUCAAAAUAAGUACGACAAUUCUCGGCAACAAAAUAAUGUAUCCUCUUCUGUUGUUCCUGGUCUCUGGGAUGAUUUGCACUGUGAACAUGUUGCUGUUCCUUUUGCCACAUGGGCAUUAGCAAAUUGGGCAACAGCAUCGGAAUCAAAUAGAACUCGUAUUCAAGAACUGGAUCGAGAUGGACAGGCAGUCAUGGCUGCUUUAAUGGCACCCGAGAGAUCUGUAAAAUGGCAUGCAAGUUUGGUGGUGCGGUUGCUAUUAGAAGAUCGCAAUGCACCUUUGAAUGAAUCUAUUUCUGAAUGGGCUUCGAGUAUUCUUUCUACUAUAUCUCAGGCAUCCAAGCAUGAAGAUGUUUCUCUGGCUAAUAUAGCUUUAUCUGCCCUUCUCUUGUCUGUUGAGAGGAGCCCUGCAGUGCAGAAUAUACUGAUGGAGAAUGGUCUUAACCCAAUGAGAGAAAUCGCCAAGCAGAUGACAAAACAUAAGCAGGUUCAAGAAGCAAUGGCAAAGGCAUUAGAGCUACUUUGUACUGGAGAGCUGCACUUGUCGCUUGAAGAGGGUCAAAAAUGGUCAGGCAUUCUUGUACCUUGGGUUUUUGGAACAUUUUCCUCUGAUACUAUACGAUCUUCAGCCAUAAAGAUUCUUUCUCAGAUCAUGGAAGACUACGGUCCAACAUCUGUACCACUUUCUCAAGGAUGGUUAGCCGUGAUGCUAUCUGAAGUGCAUAGUUCUAUCAAGAAAUCAAAUGAUAAUGGAACCAAUCAACCAAAAAGUGAUAAUGUAAAGACAUUAAUCAAUAAUGCGAAUAUUGCUUCUGCUGCACAAGUUGCCAGUCAACUAUCCACUGCUGUUGUUAAUCUGGCAGCUAAAAGAAUGGGAGUUGCAUCUAAUUCUGGGGAUGCAUCCCCACUGGCAGAUUUUCUGUCUCUGGAACCUUUAGCUGGACCAUUUAAAAAUUUAAAAAAAGAUAAUUUGCCUAAAUUAGAUGCUGCAGAUUCUGCUGUGGCAACGCUGAAAGGAAUUAAAGCUCUGACUGAAGUUUGUGCUGAAGAUUCUGAUUGUCAGGACAUGAUAGUUGAUUUUGGGAUUUUAUGUUUGCUGAGGCGCUUUAUGUUGAGUGAUGAUUAUGAGAAACUGGCUGCUAUUGAGGCUUAUGAUGCAUCAUCUAGAGCACAUGAGGGGAAGGAGCGGAUAUCAAAUGUAGAUGGCAAACCACCUGCAUCAGAUGUAUAUAAUUCAGCUAGUGUCCGAGUUCCACCCACUGCUCAUAUCCGCAAGCAUGCAGCUCGGUUGUUGACCAUCCUCUCACUGCUUCCCAAAGUCAAGAAGGUCAUCACAGCUGAUGAAACAUGGUGCAAAUGGCUUGAUGAUUGUGCUAAUGGGCGAAUUCCAGGUUGCAAUGAUCUUAAAAUUCAAAGCUAUGCCAGGGCAGCACUUUUAAAUGUGUUUUGCAAUGACCAGCCUAAUGGAAGGAGUGGAAGUGGAGGUCCUUCUAACGGUGGUGUAAAAAGUUAUAGGAAUGCAUGUCCUCGUUAUGAUGACAUGAUAUUCUUGAUAAAUUCUCAUCUUCCCCACUGGAAAUGUCCCAAAGAAACAGGUCAACAAGAACCAUUCUCAAGAAUGAUAUCUCUGGCUCCUUCUGCUGAUACUGACAAUGGAACAGAGUCCUUGAAUAACAGCAACUGCUCUAUUUCUAAUGAUUCAACUAAAAUCAACCCAGAUAGAAAUUUGCCUCCACUAGACAUAGUUUUUGUCCAUGGGCUCCGUGGUGGGCCUUACAAAACUUGGCGUAUAGCCGAGGAAAAAUCCUCAACUUCUUCACAUUUGGUCGAGAAGGUUGACGAGGGAGCAGGAAAGCUUGGAACCUUUUGGCCUGGUGAAUGGCUUUCCAGUGAUUUUCCUGAGGCUCGGUUGUUUACCCUAAAAUACAAGGUAAAUGCUUUAUGCAGACUAAUCUCACACAGUGGUCGGGAGCUAGCUUGCCUCUUCAGGAGGUUAGUUCUAUGCUAUUGGAGAAGCUUGUUGCUGCAGGGAUUGGGGAUAGACCUGUUGUUUUUGUUACUCACAGGUUAGUCUAGCUGCCUAGGGAAUUCAUGCAUCUCACUUGAUUAUUGCUUGUUUUCAGGUAUAUCAUGUUAAUGUUUUUUUGGUUUGAUAUGCUUUUAGUGUAUCAAUCCAUCUAAUAUAAUACUUGCAUUAUUUUAUCUUACUUCUUCUAAAACUAUUUUCUUAAAAUUUUCCUGCAAUAUUCAAUUCUUUGGCAUUUAGUUUCUUCAGCCUAUACUUGGUGUUGGAAGUUCUACAUAAGCUAGAGAUAAGGUCAAUUUAGAAUAUAUAAGUAACCUCACUUUACAUGCUGGUUUUGUGGGAUUGAAUUAGAUUUAAAGUCCACAUUUAAUUCAGAUAUCUUGUAAUGACACUCUCUUUGUACAAUUUUUAGUUUAAUCCCUGUAAGUAUGCUUUUUUUAUCUUUUAUUAUUAUUUCAACUCCUUAGUCCCUGAAUCUUUAGCCACACCAGCCAUUAACAGUAACCUAUUUAAUGACAAGGACUAAUGCUAAAAAAUUGAAUAUCACAUGGAAGGACUAUUUUAAAAAAAUUUUAAGUACUGAAAUAGGAAAAAUUAGGUACGUUAUAGGACCUAACACAUAUUUAAGGCAUGCUUUAAUCAUAAUUUGUUCUUCAAUCACUCUUUCAAUGACACCAGGGAAAAAUCUUGAUGUUACUUUCGUUAGUGAUUAUAUACAAAAAGGGUUUUAAAUUUAAAAAUUUAAUAUCAUGAUUGAUUCACCAUCAUACAGAGUUUUAGUUUGCAACAUUUUUUUUGAUAAAUAUAAACAUGUCAUGUUUAUACAAUUUGCUUUGAAAUAGAAGUAGCAAAAUAGGAUGCAGAACAAAUUAGUACCUAUACGUGUCUGUGUGUAAUCUAUUUUGUUCUAUUUUUGGCAAGAAUUGUUGAGGUGUGAUGGAUGUAGACGUCACUUUGUAUGUAUUAAGAACAAGUGGUGACAAGUACUUUUGUGGUUUGUGUCCCAGCUGUAACUGCUUUUACCUUUCUAGUAUAGAGUUAGCCUAGAAGUCCUUUUGGACGAUGACAAAAUUAAUUGUCUAGUAAUUUAUAUAUGUCGUGUAAAUUGUAUUUUUUUCAAAUGUCUUUUAGUCACUAAGUUAUUUGUUUAUUCUAACUUUACCUCACUUUGUUUUGUCUAUGUGCUUUUCUAUU